UGUCAGUCCACACAAUUGUUAAAGAUACAAAUUUUCGUUUGGAUAUUAGUUUCUAGUUUCUACAAAACAACACACCAUUCAGUAUUACCGAUGAUCCUUCUUCAUUCUCCCCAUCCUCCACGAUUACGAUUAAUCUCUCUUUGCAAUCCCGUCGGUGGUCUCCGCAGCAUUCACAGUCGUCGGACCCUAUAUUAUGGAACCAAAAUAUCACUAGAAUGCAACCUCCGACACAGGUCUAUUUCACCUCCUACGAGCACUGAGUUGGGCAUUUGUCCUCAGGAAACGAACCCUCAAUCUUUAUGCUCUUGUGGAAGACGGCGGUUCGUCGGAGCAAUUGCUACGGCCCCGUUCCUGCCAAUUCUUCCGUCAUAUGCAUCUGCUUCGCAACUUGAUCCUGCAGAUAUGUUGAACCAAAUUCAUCCCCCAAGGGCGGAUUGGUAUGAGGAAUUUUAUGCAUCAGUUAUGGCUACAGAAAUGAAAUCCUAUGAAUCAGAGAUUUCAGGGUAUAAGUCACAGAUAUUUGCUGAUCUUGGUAGAGCUAAAACUGUUUUAGAAAUUGGAAUUGGGACAGGUCCUAAUCUCAAAUAUUAUGCAGACAGUAGUAACAUAAUUCGUGUUUAUGGAAUAGAUCCCAAUAGAAAGAUGAAGAAAUAUGCGCAGGAAUCUGCUACUCUUGCAGGGUUGUCGUCAAGAAAAUUUGAUUUUAUUCCUGCGGUGGCAGAGGCUUUGCCAUUAGAUAGUGCUUCCGUUGAUGUAGUUAUUGGAACAUUAGUAUUAUGCUCUGUGCAAAAUGUUCAUGCAGCCCUUCAAGAGAUAAUGCGUGUCCUUAAACCUGGUGGGAAAUAUCUAUUCGUGGAGCAUGUGGCUGCAGAAGAUGGGUCCAUACUCAGAUUCAUACAGGAAAUUCUCGAUCCUCUUCAGCAGGUUGUGGCUGAUGGCUGUCACCUCACCCGGAAAACAGGAAAGCACAUAUCUGACGCAGGUUUUUCCAAUGUUAAAAUGAACACAACUUUCUUGAAGAAUGCCUCACUUAUAAGUCCACACAUAUUUGGAAUUGCUUUCAAAUAACCAACAAAAUCGAAGAUCUGUUUCCACAUUAGAUAUUUAAAUGAAUCUUAUGAGUAUGAAUAUUUAUGGAUGUUCUAAGUAUCUGGUUAUUGUGAUCUAAUAAAAAAAUGCUUAAGCAAAUCUUGGACUUCA